AUGGGCCACGGACGCACGCUCCAGUAUCCCAAGACGCCCGUCAACAAGGUGAACCGGUAUAAUCAGCGAGCAACCUACGAUCUCGAGCAGAUCCACACCAUCAUCAACACGAGCACCGUUCUCCAUGUCUCGUUCAAUACGCCUGAUCCUGGAAAUCCCUUUCCCGUGACUUUGCCUAUGGUCGGCGUGGCUGCCUCGUUCGACCACCCAUCCUCCUCGCUGGGCGAGCCCCUGGACGUCUACCUCCACGGAUACGUCAGCUCGCGACUGAUGAAUCUGUCGCGCCGCGCCGAGACGGGGACCGAAGCCGGCACAUCACCCGACGCAGGCCUCCCCGUCACCAUCUCAGCCACCAAAGUCGACGGCCUAGUCCUCACCUUGACGCCCAACACGCACGAUGUGAAUUACCGAUCCGCCACCCUCUACGGAUACGCCACACUGGUGUCCUCGGUUGAGGAAAAGCUGUGGGCCAUGGAGAUGAUCACCAACAGCGUGGUCUCGGGACGGUGGGCACAUACGCGCGUCCCGCCCGACACGGCCGAGAUGACGAGCACGAGUAUUCUGAAGGUGAAGGUCGUGGGGGGCAGUGGGAAGAUCCGCGUCGGCGGACCCCGGGAUGAGCGGAAGGAUCUCGAGCGCGGAGAUAUACGGGCUAAAGUCUGGACGGGGACGAUCCCCGUCUGGGAGUCGUUUGGGGAGCCUGUGCCGUUUGAGGGCGUCAGCGUCGGAGACGGGAAGGGUAAUUUGGUGCCACGUGUGCCGGAGCAUGUUGUGGCUUUCGUGCAGGGGCGGAGGAUGGAGAAUGAGCGGUAUGCGUUGGCGGCAGUGGAGGACCGGAGCCAGGAUUGA